AUGAGCAAGGCUACGUGUUCCUUUGAGGGCUGUCAUAGUGCAGUUAUUACCAUCAACGAUGAUAACAUAAUAAACUUACCAGAGCAGGUGCACAGCGAAUUCAAGUUGCUGGAAAACAGAACUAUGCGAGAUGCUACCCCCAGCGAGAGCAACUUCUUGGUCGUCCCUGAUGUUUGGGACUUUGAUAAUGUUGGUGUAUCUAGAGAAAUUCCUUCUUCUAUAUUAGGGGAUUUGAGUGAUAAGAGUGAUUUUGUCUUUGAGUAUGGUAAUUCCAGCUGGAAGAUUAAAAAGUGCUUGAAAUAUUUGAUAUGCGCUGAUUGUGAUAAAGGUCCUAUUGGAAUAAUAUGUAAGGUGCAAGAUCAGACAAAGAAUGAAGAAAGAGUUUUGCAUCUACUAAGCUUGCGAAGCCUUCAAAUUAUGGGAAGGAAUUAG